UCAAAUUGGAAAUGCGCAGACGACUGCAUUUCACUUCCGGGGUGUUCACAGAUAAAGAUCGAUAAACGAAAACAAUGGAUGACGCAGUGAAAAAGAAAGCGAGAAAGACUCGAAAAUAUUGUUGUAUUUGUAAAGGAAUUUAUAGAGGCAUGAUAAUUGAUGACAGAAAAGUGUCUAUGCAUCGAUUUCCACAGGAUAAAUGUUUAAAACGAGUGUGGAUUCAGCGAUGUAAGACCGUGAUGAGAACAUUUAAGUGGAAUGCCAACAAGUUUCUGUGCAGCGAGCACUUUGUUGGAUUAAGAGGGCCAACUGAAAAUAAUCCGUUGCCAUCGAUGUUUCCAACAGAAAGCGGAGACACAAAGACAUUCCCAACAACAUCUCUUGAGAGCACUGACUGUAACAACAACAGUGAUGUCAGUGAUGAUAUUAGCCUCAACGAUGCUUUCCUCACAAUUGAGUCUGACGAUGAUGAGAACUACCAACCCGGACCGCAUUUCAACGUACCAGAUAUAGAGACCAUCAUGGAGGUUUCAGCCUACCUACACGAUUACUGUGCAUUACCUGUGUUGGCGCCUAAAAAAACUGGAACAAGGUAAUAUUUAAACUGGCCACAGGCGCAUAUGUACAUACGUGUAGUAUAAUUAAAAAAUAAAUAUCAUUAUAUUUUUCUAUAGGUUACAUUUAUAAUUAAAAAUAAAUAAAUUGCUGAUUAAGCAUAAAUACUUUGUUAAGAACACAACUCAAUACAUUUAAAAAUUAACACAGGUUAUCAACUUAAAUUUUAAACAUUAGUUUUCAAUGGCUUAUCAUCAGUUAUGAGCUCCUGCAGCGCUAAAUAUAUUUUAUAGACUUACUUGACAAAUGAUUUAUAACUUAUAAUUAUAGUAAAUAAUUUUUUUCAGGGCCACGUAUGU